GCACGUGCUUAUUACUGAAACUAGCGCGGUUGGAGAAAGAGACUAGCCGACGUUAACGACUCUACGAGUGCGCGCUCGCUCGCGUGUGUGAAGUUUUGUGGCGUUCGUGUUUCAACAACUGUUGGGUCUCUCCCCCCCCCCCCCGUCGGUACAGGGUGGGGCUGAGCGUCGUAUCCCGGCCUGCCGAAGCGAGAGGCGGCCAGCCGGGGAUUCACAGAGGCUAUUUUGAGGCGGUGGAGCCACCUGAAAGUCCAGUGCAGAUCUAGGCCCUCCCUCGGCACGGGAAUCGCCGAGCUGGGCGGGAACGUGGCGCAAAGGAGCGAAGAAGCCUUUUCGCCUCGUUGUGUGACUCCUUCGCCCUCAGGGAGCUGCUACUGCUGCCGCCUCAGGAGCGGCGCUUAACGUUUUGAAGAGGGUGUUUUGGGUUUGGGACACGCUGCUUCCCCCCCCCUUUACCUUUCCCUCAAACGGGAAAGGCAGUAAACCAGUACUUCCAACUUCGCGCAUGGACUGGGUGGGGGGAACUCCUCCCUGAGGUGAUGGACCUGCGCUGGUGAACUUCUCCACGGAGCCCCGUGAGGUAGAAAAGGACGAAGUGGAGGAGGAGGAGAAAGAGGAAGAAGAGUACCAGCCAGCCCGCAGGAGAGGAUGGUUGCUCGGACAAAGUAAUGUGAACAUGUAGCAAGAACAGGAGUCUCACAUUGGGGACUGAAAUAACUACUGACCAAGUGGCAUGGAAUUUCACCUAACAUCGUUUUCUUCGGGGAUGAUUUGGAUGUCUUAUGAGAGCCCAGUGUGGUGCUACCAAUGGAAAUGGAAGCUGCAUUUGCUGUUCCUAUUCAUUCUGUAUCUUAUGUGUGUAAAAUAUUCAGCUCUUGGAUGCUCUGAGUGUCGUAUGGUGCUUUCCAGCCCCACAGGAAUUUUCACUUCUCCCUGCUUCCCUAGUGUUUAUCCUAACAGUCAAGCAUGCAAGUGGACCAUCAGGGCUCCUUCUGGAUUCAUAAUUCAGAUAACAUUUGUUGAUUUUGAGAUCGAAGAAGCACCCAACUGCAUUUAUGAUUUUCUAACCUUGGACACUGGAGAGAAAAAAGUUCCUCUUUGUGGUGUCACUGCCAAAGGCUUAUCAUUUAACUCAACUGGAAAUGAAAUGAUUGUAUCUUUUACAAGUGAUUUUAGCAUCCAAAAGAGAGGAUUCAAUGCCAGCUAUACCAGAGUUGCUGUGUCUUUGAGGAAUCAAAAAGUUAUCAUCCCACAGUUCCUGGAUGUUGAUUCUGUGUCUGUGGCAAAUUCUAUCCAAGUACCAGAACUUAAUCAGUUCACAUUGUGCUUUGAAGCAAAGGGAAACAGCAGUAAUGGCCGUGAAUGGAAGAUUUUCUCCUAUGGUGAUUCUUCUUCUACAGAAUUCUUCAGUUUUGGAAAGACAAAAAAGGGCCACUUUAUUUUUAUUUCAGGCACAGAAUGUUUGUUAGAUGAUGCACUUGACACCAAUUCUGAUGGAGACUUCUUCACAGAAACCUUUGAACAGAUCUGCAUUAUAUGGGAUAGCUUCUCAGGCACUUUAGGAAUAAAUGUCAAACACACAUACAAAACAGUAUACUGUUCAGCUACUUACAGGAAGGUCAUUCCUGGUAAUGGGAAGUUGGUUCUGGGCUCUAAUAGAAAUGACACAAGUCCUCUCAAUGGGGAUAUUUACAACUUCCGGCUUUGGAAUUUCACAAUGAGCUCCCAAAUACUUUCCAACCUCAGCUGCGAUCUGAAGGGCAAUAUUGUAGACUGGGAAAAUGACUUUUGGAGCAUCCCUACGUCAUCACUAAAAGCAGAGAAUAACCUGAGUUGUGGCUCGUAUCUCAUUCCCCUACCUACAAUUGAACCAACUAGCUGUGCAAACCUGGGGAGUCUUUGCCAAGCUACUGUAAAUUCCAUCACUACAUCACCCACUGUUACCACUAACAUGCCUGAUACUAAUAGAACCGAUAAACAAAACAAUGGAGGACUGUUCUACAGGAUUUCCAUUACUGUCUAUACUUACAAACUUGACUCGGAAUCAAAUGUUCAGAAUUCAGUUGCAGAAUGGCUGAAUCACACCUUUCAGAAUUGGAAUUACACUGUAUAUGUGGUCAAUAUAAGUAUUAUUCAUUCUACUGUGAAAGAAGGAGUAAGAGAAAAGAGAAGCACAGAUCAUCAAAGUAAUGCCACACAUUUCUGUUCCUGCUGCUGCUGCUUUUCCCUGAAAGAUCCUACAGAUCCUAGGUGUAGCCAUAUGACCAAGAUUGGGUCACAUGGCUUUGAUGUCCGGGCUCUUUUGGUUUACAAUUCUACCAACAAUAUAAGUUUGGAAAAACAAAUGAUAGAGAAUAAACUUAUAAGCAGCAAUGAGACUAUGGGGAGUGGCUUGAAACUCCAUAAAGUGGAUGUUAAUCCAGUUGAAAAAUGUGAGAGUCAAGAAUACCCUAUAAAUUACUUGUGGACAGAUACCAGACCAACAGUGACUGACAUUACACCUUGCCAUGGCAGCUCUACUCAGAAUGCAUCAAGAAUAUGCUUGCUAAACCUUGAUAAUUACACUUCAUAUUGGGGUGCUCCUGACCUUAGAAACUGCACAGAAAAUGCAGCUGAUAUAGCCAAUCAGCUUCUGAAUCUAACAGGAGAAGGACAGCAGUUGACUUCAGACAAAGUCAAUGAUGUCAUCCAGAAGCUAAAAAAAAUUGUGAAUGAUGAAGAAAUCAAUGAAUCCCUGGGUUCUACUGUGGUCACCAUAUUUUCUAAUAUUCUAACCAGUUCUGAUAGGGUUUUGGCAGCAUCAUCUUCUGAAGCUAUAAAGACCAUUGAUGCCUUGUCAUUGAAGAUUCAGUUUACAGGUCCCUCCAUAAGCAUCUCAACACGGAACUUGGCACUUGCUGUUUCAUCUUUGAAUUCAGCUUUGUUCACUGGCUCCUCUUUCAGUGUUGGUCCCCAAAAUAAUGCUUCAGACUUUCAGAUUGAUUUUGACAAAAACCAAGAAAAUUCCCUGGCUUCAGUUGCUUUACCCCCAAGCUUACUAACGAAUUUAAGUGCAGAAGAACUUGAAGCUAUAUCCAGAGCUCAGUUUACUUUUUUCAAUAAAAAUGGACUCUUCCAGGAUGUGGAUGCUCACACCAAUUUAACCAGUUACGUAGUGGCAUGCAGUAUUGGCAAUAUUACCAUCCAUGAUCUUCAGGAUGCUGUGAAGAUUAAAAUUAAGCAUACAAUUAAGCAUGAUAAAAUCCAGAAGGCUCCUAAACCUACCUGUGUCUUUUGGGACAUGAACAAAAACAAGGGCCAAGGUGGGUGGAAUCGUACAGGCUGCUUACUGCAAGCAGAAUCAAAUGAAAAUGAGACUGUUUGCUUGUGCAAUCAUCUUACUCACUUUGGGGUACUGAUGGACCUGCCAGGAACUGCUUUACAAAUAGAUCCUGAAAACACCAAAGUCCUUACUUUCAUAACAUACAUUGGUUGUGGAAUUUCUGCCAUAUUUUCAGCUGCAACUCUUCUGACAUACAUUGCUUUUGAAAAAUUGCGAAGAGAUUAUCCCUCCAAAAUCCUAAUGAAUUUGAGCACAGCCUUGCUUUGUCUAAAUCUGGUCUUUCUCCUUGAUGGCUGGAUUGCAUCAUUUGACAUACAAGCCCUCUGCAUCACUGUUGCUGCCCUAUUGCAUUAUUUCCUUCUGGCAACCUUUACAUGGAUGGGUUUGGAAGCUGUUCAUAUGUAUAUAGCUCUAGUGAAAGUAUUCAAUACCUACAUUCGCCGAUACAUCCUAAAAUUUUGCAUCAUUGGGUGGGGCUUACCUGCCAUGGUGGUAAUCAUUGUUCUAGCAAGCACAAAUACAAAUGCAAAUAGUAUUUACAGCAAAGAUACUAAGGGGCGAGGUGCAGAUGACUUCUGCUGGAUUGAGAACCGUAGUGUGUUUUAUGUGACCUGUGUUGGCUACUUUGGAAUCAUGUUUCUCCUGAACAUUGCCAUGUUUGUUGUGGUGAUGAUGCAAAUCUGCGGGAGAAAUGGAAAACGAAGCAAUCGGACUAUGCGGGAAGAGAUUCUAAGGAACCUUCGUAGUGUUAUUAGCUUGACCUUCCUACUAGGCAUGACAUGGGGCUUCGCUUUUUUUCCCUGGGGGCCAUUACAUCUCCCUUUUGUGUACCUCUUCUGUAUUUUCAACUCCUUGCAAGGGUUAUUUAUAUUUAUAUUCCACUGUGCCAUGAAAGAAAACGUGCAAAAACAAUGGAGACGACAUCUCUGCUGUGGUAGAUUCAGGCUUGCAGACAACUCGGAUUGGAGUAAAACAGCAACUAAUAUAAUUAAGAAGAGCUCUGACAAUCUGGGGAAAUCCUUAUCUUCCAGUUCCAUUGGUUCUAACUCAACCUAUCUGACUUCUAAAUCAAAAUCCACAUCUAAUACCUACCUUAAAAGGAACAGCCAUUCUGACAAUGUUUUUCUUGACAAGUCAUCGCCAAAAUACAUCCAAGUGGACACAGACCAGACUUCAAUUAUCCCGGUUCACCAGGUUAUUGACAAAGUGAAGGGGUACUACAGUACUCAUUCAGACAACUUCUACAAAAACAUUAUCAUGUCAGACUCCUUGAGCCAUAGUACAAAAUUCUGAAUUUCUGGACAUCUGGAACAACAGUAUCCAAUAAACAGCAUGAGGAUUAGGAAUGAAUAAGGACUUGGGUUACUGAACAAGGAAAUAAAUACCAAAGUCUUAUGCUUUGUUGAGUUAUCAUUUAUUUCUCCCAUCUAUUGUUAUGGAAAUAUAACAUCCAAUUCUGUAUCUUAUGUAUCUUUGCAAAAAUUAAGAAGAUCCUAAAGCCCGAAAAGAAAGCUUGUGACUUUAGAAGACUUUUUCCCUCUCUAUGUCGUUAUUUAUAAGGAAUAUGGAUAUUAUAUAUUUUUAAUUCCUUCUUCCUGGGUGUUCAAUGCAUAGUGUGUUACAGAUUUUUUCCCUAAGCAAGGAAACCCUGUUAUGGGUGAAUCAAUAAACCCUUGUGCAUAAUGACAGAAAACAAAACUGCUCAGAUAAGAUAUCCUUAAUCUUGCUUGCAAAGUCUGGACUCUGGACCAUAUUUAUAACUUUGUGCAUAGCAAAAGUAUCUAUCAGUUGAGGAACUGCUUCUUUGCCUUUAGAGGUGCUUAAUUAAGAGUUUUGUUUGCAUAGUCCUGGAACAAAAGUAAUUGGUCCACAUAAUAUAUCACCUUUCCUAAUCUCACUUCUCCAUUAUCAAAUGAGAGGGUUUGCAUGCUAGGCACUGUGUAAAUUUUUAUUGUUACUAUAAUAGAUUAAAAUGUAACAUUUUCCACAUAGUUUGCCUUAAUUCAGGUGCUCCUUACAUACAUAGGAACUCCAGCAUGGAGCAUGAACAAGGGCUUCCCCAUUGAUUCUAACGUUAAGAGCAGCUGUGUACAUAUUUCUCCAUUAAUGCGUUCAGCCUCAAGAUCUGUCCCUGCUAUUGAAGUCAUUAGAGUUGUGAGCACUCUGUGUGUUCAUUAGCCUGCGCACAGAGAAGGUAUCAAAAGCUAUGGUUGUUAACCUGUUCAAAUUUACAUACUUUGCUUAUAUGCAAAUAGCAAUGUACAAGACUGAUUACACAAGUGAAUUCCAUGUGCAUUAAGAUGUAUCAAUCUGCCAAAACAACUAAGGUAGUCAUACUCAAGUUUUUAAUUUCAUUAUUUUCUUCCACAGAAGCGCUCAUACCAUCUUCCAGCACUACAUCACCAUUCACAUUUUUACUUCCACACAUUUUUGUAAAGUGUUCUGAAUUACAGCCCAUGGCUGUAAUACCCAUGCUUAGAUCCAGUGGAGUCAGUAUGUUUAAUUCUUGAUAAGUAUAUGGUAGCAUUCAUUGUAAGUAUAUUCAUCAUAUUUAUCAUUUAGAUAACAUCCUGGGUUAAAAGAAACUUGCCAAAUGUAACAAAAAUUAGAGGAAAAGCAAAAAACAACUUGGAUCCAGUGCAGUGUGACUUACUUUCAGGUAAGUUUUAUAGGAUUGCAGUCCCUAUUUUUUUCUCUCAUUACAUGUGGUCAAUCAGAGAAACCGCCAUAUUAUUUGCUGCUAUUGUCCCUAUGUAUGCAGCACAAUAGCAAUUUAAGUGCUUAUCUUCCAUAUAAUUUCAAAAUAUCUUUAGUGAAUCACAACACUUUUAUUCUUCCUCACUUGUAUUAAGGACAAGACUUGUUACGCUGAAGUCACUUGAAUUACAAAUUACUUAAUCUCCAUUUAGAAUUAAAUUGACCUAAACACCUUACAAUGUGAACUAAAUGAUUCCUGGUGAUAAUAAAUGAUGCUAGAAAUCUAAUGGGGUUGAAUAACUUCACCAUGGAAAAGAACAAUUUGUAUGUAAGCAUUGGCCAAAUUUGGAUAUGAUUGUCUCCGUUUCUUAAUAGUUUUCAGAAAGUAGCUUUGAUACGAUAUUGGUAUGAAAAGAAGGGAAAGUAAAUGUUUCUGAAUUAAAAUUAAUAAAAUACAAUAGUCCAAUAAGAUUAAAAAGUAGAAUUUUCCUGAGUCCUAGAUAUUGUCUGACCAAAAUAUUAAUGUAUGGUUUGCCUAUAUUUUCACUAAAUUAAGAAUAUCCUUUGCUGUUACUACCAUGUAGUAAUCAUAAACUUACCUUUCCGCUGGGCUGGGGGGAGUUGAAUGCCAUGGACCCCCAGCUGUGCUGGCAGGCUCCCAGUGCCACCACAUGCCGCUGAGCUCUGUUGGCAGCAGCCCUCCGCCAUGGCAGAGCCACAGUGCCACCAGAAGCCUGCUGGCGCUGCCAGGGAUGGACAGCCCAGCAGAUGGAGGGAUGGUGGAAGACCCAAAAAUGAGGUGUUCUGGGGGCAUGGUGGGGGUGGAGCCACAGGGGAACUUACUCCAGAUUCUCCUUGUGUUCAGAGCCCUCCCCUGGGUCCUGAUCUGCCACGAAAUUCUGCCGGCCAAAAGGCCGGUGCAGUAAAGAAUUGUAAAGGGCCCCUACGGGGACAGCUUAUGUUUGUGGGAGAUGGUGCUUCCUGGCUGCCUUGUGCACACAGCUCCCAAUGGAGGCAACAUUCAGCAGGGGCAGUGGCUCCCGAGUAGGAGGUGGACCCUGUGGGGCUUUUUGCUGGCUCUUCAGCCAGCGCUUCUUCUACCAGCUUCCCAGCAUUUCAAUUGCUCUGUUACAAAUUUUCCAGUGCUAUUUUUUGUCACAUGUUUUUUCAGUGUAAGCCUUUGGUAUGGUUGUUAGCAUAGCAUUACCUCCCUUGUAUAUAAUUAUUUAUUUUUGAGGUUUAAAAUAUGUCAACAUAGUUUUUGCUUCAUACUGGCUUUGUGAUUAUAUGCAUCUGUUAUAUGCAUUUGUUUCAUGAUCAGAGGGAGAAAAUCAUCUCAAAUAUACAUAUAUCUGUAUUGUAUUUUCUAUGUGAAAAGUUUAUUGUGUAUGAUAUUGUUAGCAGUUUGAAGGAAAUGGUGGUGUAACUUCAAAUACUAGUCAUUAGGGACUAGCGAGAUGGAUUUAGAGUUUGACCAAAAUAGAAUUUUAAAAGAAUUCCAGAUGUUAGUACUCGAAACAGUAAAAUGUUUGAAAGUUUUAAGUGCCUUUGUUUAUUUGCAACUAAGCAGCAAAAUUGUUUCAUAGAAUUCUGGAGAAUAACCUGUUUAUUAAAUGAAUGCUUUUCCUAUUAAUUUUUGAGUAAUGGAAGUUUGUUAUUUACUGGCAACAUAUGUGUAACAGUGAGAUGGAGAAAGGCACAAUGCAUAAUGAUACAAGAUUCAUGAAACUUAUGCAAGCCUUAGUCAUGUUUGUCAACCCGGAUUUUGAAAAAAAAAAUACUC